CACGUGUUUCCCCAUAGAGAUUCCGUCCUGUGACCCGUAUUUCCCUGCAAAUCGCACGUGCAUGAACUUCGUGCGUUCUCUUCCGACCCCAAACCUGAAUUGCACCGUUGCGUAUCGCGAACAGUUGAACCAGAACACGCACUUUAUUGACGGGUCUCUUAUCUACGGUUCUGAUCAAACAACCGCAGACUCACUGCGAACUUUUGUUGGAGGAAAACUGAAGACCAAUAACGAUUUGCUACCAAGUGACCCCACCAAUGCCGGUUGCAUCGUCAGCAAUGCCGGCAGACCCUGCUUCCUGGCAGGUGACUCGCGUGUAAACGUGCAGCCAGCCCUUGUCGCCUUGCAAACAGUAUUUGUCCGGGAGCACAACCGUCUCGCCACAGCACUCGCGGCGCUGCAACCGAUCUGGAAUGACGAGACGCUGUACCAGGAGGCCCGGAAGAUCGUUAUCGCCAUCAUUCAGCACGUGACUUUCAAUGAGUACCUUCCAGAGAUCCUCGGAGCGUCCACCAUGACCCUGUAUGGACUGAAGCCUCUGGCAUCUGGGUAUUUCGGCGGUUACAGCGAUAGUGAGAUGCCCAUGAUACGAAACGGCUUCAUGGCCGCCGCCUUCCGGUUCGGACACAGCAUUAUCCAGCAGCGCAUGCAGGCGCACAACGGCACUAUCUUCACGUCCGACAAGCUUCUCAAGGACGAGUUUCUGAAACCGGAUCUCGUGUAUUCUCACGGCGUUGGUGCGAUCUGCCGAGGCUUGACGAUAGCCCCUUCCGAGAAAGUGGACAAGUAUCUGACAGAGCAAGUGACAAGGCACCUGUUCGAGCGCGCGCCGGGGUUCGGCGGCGACCUGGCGGCAAUUAACAUACAGCGUGCCCGUGACCACGGCAUCCCCGCUUACCAAGCGUGGCGCCGGUUCUGUGGACUGAGCGGUCAGUUCUCGCACGCGGACCACGUCGAGGCGGAGCUUCGGCAAAUAUACAGCGACCCCGAGGACAUAGAUCUGUUUACCGGCGGCGUGUCGGAGACGCCCCUAGCCGGCGGGAUGUUGGGGCCCACGUUCGCCUGCAUCAUCGGUCAGCAGUUCCGGUCGCUGAAGAAGGGCGACCGAUUCUACUACGAGAACAGUGGCGUCGUCGGAUUUACCAUUCAGCAACUACAAAAUAUACGAACUCAGACACUGGCCAAGGUCAUCUGUAGGAACACUGACAUCACUAGGAUACAGCCUCAAGCUUUACGGAAAACUGCCUCUACUAACCCACUGGUAAACUGCACAAAUAUUCAAAAUUUCGACCUGAGCCCGUGGACCUGUACACCAGUGAAUGGGGGCUGGUCCGCAUGGAAGACGACGCCGUGCUACGGCAACAUCCGCUUCCAAUACCGGAUAUGCAACAAUCCAAUACCAAACGCGUGCGGAAAGCCGUGUUCCGCGCCCUUUGAGUUUCUGUCAGAAUGUUGCCAACAGCACUUCGAUUUGGACCCGGCAUUCACGGACUUUAAAGAGUCAAACGUUGCGUCGGAAUGCGUGCUGUCGCCGGAUUUGGAUACCAAUAUUCAAGCGGCUAUUCUUACUCAGGCACAGGGAGACGCUUCUAGAGUGGACGAUGCGACGAUUGAACAGGCGUUUGCUCAGGUUCAGGGAGACGCUUCGAGUGUGGCCGCAUAAAACCCGAAAUCAGGGUUUGGAAAUGAACGGUUAUACACAUUCAUAUUGGUUGUGUAUAGUCUUCAUAAAAAUGACUAAUCUGCUUUUAAAUUUAAACUUAUGUAGUUAAGUGUUUUAUGAAUGUGACAUAUCAAUUUUACCUUGAUCAAUAAUGCAGUGCAUUUGUAUGUUGUCAUUCACCUGUUUACAUUGAACACAAUUACGAGUAUGUAUUGUUUAUCGAGUACAAUUGGGUCUCGUACUGGUAAAACUGGGCUCAAUGCAUCUCGCAAAGUGUCAUCCCAGAUUAGCCUGUGUAGUUCGCACAGACUAAUCAGGGAUGACAAUUUCCGCCUUGUCUGUUUUUUGUUAAGAAGAGACUUCCUUUAAACUAUAAACUCCACAAAAAAGGCGGAGGCUUAUCUGGGAUGACACUUUACGCACAUGCAUUAAGCCCAGUUUUCUCAGAACAAGGCUCAAUUUAUCAAACAAAAAUACAAUGCGCGUGAAAUAGAAGCUACGGAGCCCGUGUGUUGUUCUUUGUCAAUUACAUCUACUGGUUUUAGUAUGUCAGUCACCGAUUUGUUUUCAUUUUUUACAUGUAUGAUGAACAAAUUACGACUUUGUAAUUUCAUAUUCACCGACUUUCGAAAUAAAA